AUGAAAAUCUUAAUGAUCCACGGAUCCCGCCAGUCGGGCGAACUCUUCCGAGCAAAACUCCAAGCCCUAGAAAAACAAAUUCGCCGCGCCAUCCCUCCACAGGCCGACAGUGUUGAGCUUGUAUACCCAACAGCUCCCUUCCCACUAGUUCCCUCCGAGGGCGGUGAUACAUCCGAACUCCGCAAUCGACACGGAGCAUGGAGCUGGUUCGAGUCCGAAUCUAUAGACGGUCUUUAUCCCGGACUAGAACGCGGCUUGGAUUCUAUUGCGUCUAUUCUCGAGGAAUCCGGGCCUUUUGAUGGAAUCGUUGGGUUUAGUCAGGGGGCCGCUAUGGCCGCUAUGGCCGCUUCGCUUCUGGAGGGAAAUCGGAAAGAUGCGUUUGCCCAACUGGAGGCGGAGGGUGGGAUGUCGUAUCCUGCUUGCUUUGACAUGCUUGAACACCCGCCUCUUAAGUUUGUGGUUAGUAUUUCGGGGUAUGGGGCGUCGAAUCCAGCUUAUCGUGCUUUUUAUGAUCCUGGGAUUCGGACGCCGAUGAUGCAUUUUUUGGGGAGUAUGGAUGUUGUUGUUGAUGAGAGUGCAUCGAUGAGAUUGGUGGAAAGCUGUCAGGUGGAUGGGAAGAAAGCGAUUGUUGUGUGGCAUUCGGGUGGACAUGUGGUUCCGAGUGGGAAGAGGGAACUCGCUGCGGUUGCGCAUUUCAUCAAGUCUAAUGUGAGCUGA